CAAACUCUUACUAAACCCUAUGAGAUGAUCUAUCUGUUAAAACCUUUGUGAGUUCCAUUCCAAUUUUGAGAGACAAAGAGAUUGAGAUACAAGCCCUUUGAAGCCUCCAUCAUCAUCUAAAAUGGGAAACAUUGUAAAGCCUUUCAAACAACAACCUUCUUCAUUUGCUUACCAGCCUCUCACAGUCCCUCUAAUUUCAGAAGUGGAGGCAAAAAACGAGAAUCUGUGGGUCUUCAGAUUUGCGGAUUUGAAGAAGGCAACAAAGAAGUUCAGACAGGACAGGAUCAUAGAAUGUGAGGAUGGCUCUGUUCGAAAAUUCUACAAGGGAUACAUUGAUGAGACCACAUUUUCUCCAUCAAGAACUGGAACAGGAAUCACUGUUUCUGUCAUGGAAUAUGAUAGUUCAUGCUCUAUACACGACUGGAUGGAGACAGUGAGGUCUCUAGAACACAUUUCUCAUCCCAAUUUGGUAAAACUUUUGGGUUACUGUUGUGAAGAUAAUAAACCACUCUUGUUGGUUUUCGAAUACUCGCACAGAGUAAGCUUGGACCGUCACAUUUUCGGAGAAGAAGAUGCAUUGCCAUGGGAAAUACGGGUUAAGAUAGCCAUUGGAACAGCUCGAGGUCUUGUGUUUCUUCACUCGAUCAAGAACCGCCCGCUAAAUCGAGAACUCAGAAUGCAUAACAUUAUGCUUGACGAGCAAUACAAUGUUAAAUUGUUAUAUCUUGAAUCAGACGAACAGUAUCGUUUGGUAGAUGAAGGUCAAGUUGCGGGAAUAUUUAGAUGCCCACCUCCUGAAAUUUGGUCAGGUAAUUUGGGAAUGGAGUCUGAUGUUUACAUAUUCGGUGUGAUCUUGCUUGAGCUUUUAACUGGUUCAACACACAGCAACAUAAUCAAGUACAAGCAACGCUUAGGUGUCUGCAGACUCUGCUCUACAUCUACCCUGCCCCAUAAUUAUAAGAUUGCGGACAUAAUCGAUCCCCGACUUGGGAACUAUUAUUCCGUGGAUGCGGCGAUACAGAUGGGUACACUCAUCAACAGAUGCACCGAGAAGGAUACCAAGAAACGACCAUUGAUGAAACAGGUUUUGGAUAGUUUGAAUGAUAUUGCAGAGAUUAAGGAUUAAUGUGUAGAGGUAA